CGCCAUUUUGCGUGUAAGGGACGCCACUCUUGGUCUCAGCGUGCGCCUGGCAGACGAACUGAAUUUGCCGCGCGAGUGUCGGCUGUCGACAAUCACACGGUGUCUAGCAGUUCUCCGCCUCGGCGAAAACAAAGCACUGAGAAGGAAGUACAUCAGAAAUGGAGUCUACUGCACUUGAAAUGGAUGAUAUUUUUGAUGACCAUGAUGGAGUGGAUGAAGAAGAUGCCAUUCCAAACAGGUUGCCUGAUCUACCUGAGGGACUGAUAAAUGAGGAAGAACAGGCAUCUCAGCAAGAUGAAGAAGCAGAAAAUCGGGAGGUCCUGGCCAAGCUGAAGGGAAUAAAAGGAGCAUCAAAACACACAGUGAAACGGCCUAUGCCCAAGUUAGACAGCAUUAGGUUGACCGGUGAGAGAGGCAUUCCUAUACUCCCCCAAGUAUUUAGAGAUGUCAAACUAAAGGGCAAAGGUCAUGAGGUGGACGACCUGCAAGUUGUCAUGCGUUAUUUAGAGCAUUGGGCACACAGACUUUUUCCUAUGAUGCCUUUUGAUGAGGUGCUUGAAAGGAUUGAGCGCCUCGGCACCAAGAAAGAUGUACAGACGUGCAUCAAAAAGAUGAGACUGGACAUGCCUGUACUUCAUCAGGACAUGGUGAAUAACCUUGAUGAAGACUUUGACGGAAGUUUAACUGAUGAUAAUCAGCACACAACAGGCCAGCCAAUGGAAGAUCGAUUUGAUAAACUGGUGCGAGAGGCGAAUAUGAAGACUGCUGAAGAGAACGACAGGACAAACAACACCCAACGGUCAUCAACCUCUCAGCUUCAGAACUCAGCUAGCGGAGUUUCUGACACUGACCUGUCAGCAGAGGUUUUAGAGAGAAUUGAGAGGAACAGGCAGAUGGCUUUAAAGAGGAGGGUUAGCAAGACUUCUGCAUGUGAUCAGAAUGCUCACGAUAGGGGAGCUGUGCGUGCUGACCACCACACUACAGCAGGCUGCUCAGCUCCUAUAGAGCAAACAUCACAGCAGAGUGUACAAAGUAGCAGCAGCACAGACUCUGUGACCAUCCCAUCAGGCCUGCCAUGAAAUGAGUCUGGCUUUGACACCACUGCUUCAUUGUGUAACUUUCUACAGACACUACAGCUAAACGUCCAAUGUUACCAUGGGUUCAGCAACCCCCACAGUUGGCACCUCUUGUGAGCUGUAAGGCUCUGAUGCUAAUUAUUUUGAGAUAACUGCUUGUGGGCUGUAUUAGCUUGGUUGGAGCUUGGAUCAUCAACAGGAAUGCAUGCACCUUUCAUGUCCAUUUGUGAUCACUUUUGGUGAUCUUCAUGUAAGGAAUUGGCUCUGUACACAUAAUAAACAUAAUAACAAAUAUUCUGAUUAACACACGUGUAUGUUAGUAUGGAAAAAGUUAUUAACUUUUGGAAACUGUUAAUAAAUUUUGAUUUUUUUUUUUAUUAACCAUAGAUCAGUUUUAAUCAAGAAUUACAUAGAAAGAAAUUGUAAGUCCAUUUUUGAUGCCAUUUUAUUCACAUGUACUGUUCAACUGAUAAAUGUGUACAGGCUUGUUUAACAAUGUAACACCACCAUGCCAUCUAACACACAAACACUACAGGGGUUAUUAUGGGCACAGGGUUAAUGGUCCAGUUUAAAUUCUAGAGGCAUUCCAGUCUAAGAUCAAUGAAUUUGCGUGUCUUUGUACUACUUAAGUGGGUUUUCCCCCCUAAACGUUGCCCUUAUAUGUUUGAGUUACAACAUGGUGUGGAAGCUAUUGUUACAUUUGGUCAGAAUUGUUUCAUGCACAAGUUGUAUGUCAUAUCAUAUCUCAUGUGUGCUUUUCAGCUUUUUUGCACAAAUUUCCCAUUGUUUUUCUGCAGUUAUUAUUGUGUGCAUGUCCUGGUGGAAUAAUGAAUUCCACAGAGUAUACAAACAGUGAUUGCUAAAUUGAUAUUCAGUCAAAAGUUCCUUUUAAAAAUACCAUUUAAACAGGGGUGGCCUUCUGUAUUUUGCUAUGCAUCUAAAAAUACUGUUUAAACAGUGUCAUCCUGCUAUGUAUCUAAAAUACCAUUUAAACAGCGGUUCCCCUUCUAUGUUUCCUAUGUUUCCCUAUGUGUCCAAACUGAGAUCACAGGCCAGUGUUCAUUAUGAAAGAUGAAUUUCUUUUUCAACAGGUCUGUUUUUAAUGCCAGUUUAAAGGUCACAGAUGGUUUCAUUGCUCAGGGCUGAGUUGCACGACAUGUUUCAAAAACUUAAAAACUUUUAUAGAAGCAAUUUAACCAAAAUGCUUUUAAGUCGCUUAAACAUUUUGUGCAAAUGCUUUAGAUGCAUUUUAGGAACGAUUUUCUUUUUUAAAUUUAAAUCAGCUUGUAGCUGUUCUAAACUGAAAAUGGCGAUCGUAAUUCAUGAGUUUUAUUUGAAUCAACGCCAAAGGUGGUAUGACCAGUUGUGCAGGCAAAGAUGGGACCAGAUAUUAGAGUAUAAUGACUCGGCAAGAAAAGUUAUAACACACCCAUGUAAACUAAGGGUGAUGAGACGAGACGAAAUGAGGGAAAAGAGAUUGAGGAAAUGAGUUUGAGAGCUAAUGACCAUAUGAAACAGGUGAUAUUUAUAGUGGUGAUGGUUGAGACUGGCAGAAAUAUAUCAAGGAUGGGAAGAUUAUGAAAACUUGCUAUGGAGUUUUACUGUUACUGUAAUGCCUAGUAUAAACCCAUUCCCCUAUAGCAGGGGUGGGCAACUUCUCCGGUCGGCGGGCCGGAUAUGGGGAAUGAAGUCCUUGGCGGGCCAGAUUACUGGAUCAAUACCUUAAUUGUGUAUCUAUCUACCUAUGCAAGGAAUAAAUCGUGUUGAAUGUAAACUUGUAAACUUUAAUUUUAAAGCAUAGAGACCGAAAACAGUAUUUAAUGAUGUUAAGGUAAUGUACUUCAAUAGUUGCUGAAGUCAAUGAGACAGCUGCGGUAGAUCACAGUUGUCAACAAGUUUCUUGAACUCUGGCUGCAUGUCACAUGUUGAAAUCCUCAGUAAAGACUGCAUAGCACGUGAACAUCAGUUAGGUUGGAACGCAGAUUUGUCUUGUUAAUGUUCAUGGUCGAAAAUGUUUGCUCGCAAAUGUAUGUAGAACAGAACAAGUAGUUUCAUGGCCAUCUUUCUCAGGUUGGCAAACUUGGACUCAUUCAGUGACGCAUAAAAUUUGUCAAUGCUUUCAGGUUGGAAUUUCUCUUUCAGGGUAUAUUCUCUGAGUUGAGGAUAUUCUGUAUCUUUCCCUUUGAUCUCCAGAAACAGUAAAAUUUCCGUUUUGAUGUCAGGUCUUCACCAAUUGCUUCAAUGCGGCGAACCACAGUUCUUCUCGACAAACUGACUUCUUCAAACUUUUUUCUUUGUUGUGGACAGACUUGAUCAGCGACAUCGAGCAUGAACUUUUUGACAAAUUCACCAUCACUGAACGAUUUGCUGUGCUUUGCAAUGUUUUAUGCCACCACAAAGCUGGCAUGAGUAGCAGCUUUCUUGGCUACUUUGGUUUUUAGGAAUACAUUCUGCUGCUUUACAAGUUUUCUGUCCAGUUCUGUUUCUCUUGUGUUCCGCUGCUGCUAAAGUACUUCCAUAGCCUGCCAUAACCUGCAUGUGUCGUCGCAUCAUGGCGGCUAACAUUGUACUCUGUCAACAUGGCAACACUUUCACUGCACAACAAACAUACUGCUUUCUUGCCGACUUCUGUGAACAAGUACUUAGACAUCCAAUCUUUGUUAAAUGCGCGACACUCGCUGUCAACUUUACAUUUCUUGGCAAAAUCCAUGGUACAAAUUUUAUUGAAAAUUCUAAACCUAAUUCUAACUGAAAACAAAGAAUCAAAAAACAAA